GGACGCUGCGGCCCGUAGGAUGCGGCAGGCAGCGGUUCGGCUGGUGUGGUUGGGUCGCUUGCAGUAUGCGGAGCUACUGGCGCUGCAAGAGCGCUGGCUGCGGCGACUGCAGGCCGAGCAUGGAACAGAGGUCUUGUCGGGAAUUGAGGCGGGCGCGCUCCUGCUGUGCGAGCCCGCAGGGCCAGUGUACACAACUGGGCUGCGCGGCGGUCUGACGCCCGAGGAAACGGCGCGGCUGCGGGCUUUGGGCGCCGAGGUCCGCGCCACAGGCCGCGGCGGCCUGGCCACUUUCCACGGCCCUGGCCAGCUGCUGUGCCACCCGGUGCUCGACUUGCGGUGCCUCGGCCUGCGCUUGCGCACCCACGUGGCGGCGCUGGAGGCGUGCGCUGUGCGCCUGUGCGAACUCCAAGGCCUAAAGGGCGCCCGCGCGCGGCCUCCGCCCUACACCGGCGUCUGGCUGGGCGAGCGCAAGGUUUGCGCGAUAGGAGUUCGCUGUGGAAGGCACAUCACAACCCAUGGCCUGGCUCUGAACUGCUCAACCGACCUCACAUGGUUUGAGCAUAUUGUACCAUGUGGACUUGUUGGGACAGGCGUCACUUCCCUGAGUAAGGAGCUCCAGAGGCACAUCACCGUGGAUGAAGUAAUGCCAUCUUUCCUUGUGGCCUUUAAGGAGAUGUACAAGUGCACAUUGGUCUCAUAUGACAGUCCCAAUUGAAGGACAUUCAUGUUACCCCAACCAGGAUGGUUCUGUCUUGGAAAGCACCAAGUCUGACUUUAGUCACUGGAACCCCAAUUUUAGACCUGGCCUGUUAGUCACUGACUAUAUAAGACCAGGGCAAAUAAUGAGCUCUGCCUAUGUGUUGAGUUUAUUUAUAUCAUCUUCACCUACCUCAGGUACUAGAUUGAAAACACUAUGAAAAAAGAAACACAUGCUGUAUAACAUUUGCAUGGCCAGUUUCUCAGUCUAGAGAAAUUCAGAUAUCAUAGACUGUUAUUCUCAGUUAUUUGUUACUUUCUUUAUACUGUAUCUAACUGAAUAUUUUUGGUCUGGUUCCUUUGAUUUUGUGGGAAUCAAAUCCCUGGAUAGCCCACAUUAAGGUGAUGUGAUGUUGUGCUUUUCUCAUUCCCAAGAGACCUAGAUGCCUUCUGCAAUAAAGGGAAAAGCAUCAUCAAAGAAAAAAGCAGGGGACUGGGGUUGUGGCCCAGUGGUAGAGCAUGCCUAUCAUGUGUGAGGCACUGGGUUCGAUUCUUAGCAUAUAAACAAAUUCUACAUACAAACAAAUGAAUAAAAUAAAAGUCAUCAAUAACUUAAAAAAAAUACAGGAUCUUGUCUUCCUGGGUUAGAUUCUUUAAGUCUGAUAAUUUCUCUGUUUUGGGUUAGGAUACCAUGAACUGAGUCAAAGGUUACAGGAAGAAGAAGAAUUUCUCACACUGUACAAAUGCUGAAAAGGAAAGUGAGUGUUCCUACAUGGGACCCUUAAGUUUAUAAUGCUGUAUACUGGUUGCCUAUUGCUGCAUAAUGAGUCACCAAAACUUAAUGACUUAAAACAAUAGUAAACAUUAAUUAUCUCAUAUUUUUUGUGGGUCAAAAAUUUGGGAGAAGCUUAGCUGGGCGUUUCUAGUUUAGGGUUUUAUAUGAUUUUGGAUUAAAGGUGUCAACUGUUAUCUGAAAUCUUGAGGGACUGGAGGACAGCUUCUGAGAUGGUUCGCUCACUUGCCUGGUUGGUUCUGGUUGUUGAGAGGAUGCCUCAGUUCCUCACAUUGUGGACCCCUUGAUAGGACUACUUGAAAGUUCUUAUGAUAGGGCACCUGGCUUCCCCAAGCAAGUGAUUGUUAGAAAGAAGGUAGGAGCAACUAUGACUUUUAUGUACCAUACUCAGAAGUCACACAGUAAUUUUUGCAGUUAACAGAUGAACCCUGUUUAGUAUGAAAAGGAUGUCACAGGGUCUACAAGUGGUGAGGAUCUUUAGGAGCCAUCUUGGAGACUGGCUUCCAUAGCCCAUUGAGAAUAGAAAGAGCCUUGACCGAGAAGACAAUCUCUCUCUGGACUUGUUUUCCCCUAGACCAGUGUUCACUAGAAAUGUAAUGGGAGCCACAUUGUAAUUUGACAUUUCUAGGAGCCCCACUAAAAAGGUAAAAAAGUGGAGGGGCAGGUGAUAUUAGUUUUAAUAUAUUUAACUUCAAUUUACUAAAAAUUCAAUAUGAAGCAAUAUAAACAUUAAUGAGAUAUUUUACUGUUUUUCAUACUAACUCUUGGAGACCUGGUAAGUGUUUUGCAAUUAUAGCACAUCUCAUUUUGGACUAGCCACAUUUUAUAAGUGCUCAUUAGUCACACAGGAGUAGCCUUAGACUGACUUAUUGUAUCUAAAGUCCUUUUGAGUUUCCAGGAUUCUGUGGCUCCCUGGAUUUUAGGAAGAAAGGCAAAUUCUUUCUUCUGACAUUUGAUUUUUUUUUUAAGAUUUAAAAAAAUUUUUUUUAGUUGUACAUGGACACAGUAUCUUUAUUUUAUUUAUUUAUGUGGUGCUGAGGAUUAAACCCAGUGCCUCAUGCAUGCUAGGCAAGUGCUCUACCACUGAGCUACAACCCCAGGCCCUGACAUUUGAUUUUUGAGUGCAAACAGUUUAUAUAAGUUGUUCACGAUGAAAUUACUUUAGAGGUUCCCCCUUCACCCAUUGUAUAGAGAUGAAACCAAGGCUUAGGAAAAACCUGAAGUUUGCACAGUAAAUCUAAGACAAAGCUGGAAAUGGGUUUUGGGUGGAAACCCUUUCUCAUCUUUUCCUGCUAUGCACAGACUUAGAGCUCAGAACAAUAUGCUUUGUGACAUGGACGCUCAGUCAGUAUUAGUGAAUUGAUGAUUUGUCUUCCUCUUUCCAUGAUUUGACUCAUAUCCUUUCUGGGCCUCAGUUUCCCAUCCAUGGGGCCGAUACCACUGUUGUAGGUCAGCGGCAGGGUGGUGGGGUGCAGGUUGGGGAGUAGUUGAUGAUUACCUUGCAGUAUUACUGCCAAGAAGGGAAAUAAUUAUUUUAAGAAAAGAUAUUUUCAUGCUUGGAAGGUCAUGCACAGCGUUUCUACCCAUCUAACACUUGGCCUUCCUCUCUAGCACCUCUAAUAAGUGAUUGUACAAUUCAUUCUUAAAUAACUCCAGAGAGAAAAUAAAAAUUUACUCAGCACCCACUUACAGUGCCAGGUAUUAGCUCUCUUAGGUACAUUCUCUCUGUCCUGUCAUUCAUGGUGUAAUGGCUGAUUUACUUGACCUUUCUGAGCCUCACUUUCAUUGCAUGAAACAAGGAAUGUUACAGCCUUUGCCUCAGAGUGUGGUAAGAAUCAAGUGACUUAAUGACAGGUAAAGCACAGAGUGUAGUGUUGGAACAGAGCAAAUGCUCAGUAAAUUAUUAUCAUUAUUCAUAAAGUCUGUUUUCCAUGAAUCUUCUUGGGAGAAUUAUCCUCAGAUCAUUUAACUGACCCCUUUACCACCAAGGCCACAGGGUCCUUAAGAGUAGGGCUGUGGCUGUCCUCUUUCCACUAGUUAUAAAUACUGAUAAAUGGAAUUGAACUAUUUAAAGUUUCCCCCCAUCCUGCCUACCUGCCUGCACACCAGCCUUGGCUCAUGUGUGUCCUGUUAGGUGCAGUGGUCACAGCUGAGCACCACACCUUUGGUGUGGACAGACCAGUGUGUAGCAAGGCAAACUGGCAUUCCUUGUGUUGGACUUGGGGGCACAAACUGGAACUCAUGGGCUACUGCUGGCCCACAAAUGUGUUCUUUUUGGCCUAGAGAAUUUAUGCAUGUGUAUUUAAUAGUUGUUAACAUUUAAGAAUGGGCCAUCUGCCUGACAAUUAAUGAAAACUGAGAAGUAGGUAUGUUUUGAAUUAUGUUCUCCUGUUCGCUGCAGUACCCACCCCUCCUUUCCCCUCCAGCCCCUUGUUGACAUUGGCUUUGCAACACCUAGAGGCAUUUGAGUUGCUGACCCUUAAUGUAGACGUUCCCUUAUUUUGAGAUGCCACAGAGGGUGGACUCCUCUAUCACAGCACCAGUUCUGUACUGUUGUCAUGGUGGAGAGGCCUUUGGAGAAUCCUUGACUUCCAACAGGUAUAUGAAAAAAUGCUCCACUUCACUAGCCCACAGGGGAAUAUAAAUCCACACUACAAGAAUACCGCCACACCAGCUGAAAAACUUUUAUUGAAAAUCAGAAGAUGGGCUGGGGUUAUAGCUCAGUCGGUAAAGUGCUUGCCUCAUAUGCUAUAAGGCCCUGGGUUCUAAUCCCCAGCACUGCAAAAACAAACAAAAAAAGAAAUAGUAACAAUGCAGGAAUUCAUGAGCUGGUAAAGAAAAUAUGGUGUGUGUAUAUAUACACAAUGGGCUAUUAUCCAGCCUUAAGUUAGAGAGAGAUUCUGUCAUUUACAACAUGGAGGAUAUUAUUUUAGAUGAAAUAAGUCAGACACAAAAACAUACUGCAUGAUCUUACUUGUAUGUGGAAUCUAAAAACUGAUCUCAGAAGUUAAGAUUGGAAUAGUGGUUAGCAGAGGCCAGAGAGCAUAGGGGGGACGAAAGGUAAGGGGAGGUUGGUCAGCCUCUAACUAUGUUAUUGUUAGAUAAGUUCUGGUGUUUUAUUUUUGCACAGUAGGGUGUUAGUUAAUAAUGUAGUGUAUAUUUCAAGUAGCCAGGAGAGAGAACUUCGUUCUCACCACAAAGGAAUGAUAAAUAACAGGUGAUGCAUGUUUAUAACCCUGAUUUGAUUAGUGCACAAUGUAUACACUUUUCAAAAUAUCACAUCACACCCCAUAAAAAUGUACAAUUAUUAUG